AUGGCGCCUAACUCUCCUCUGCCCCUUCCUCGAUCUCUCAGUGUCUCAAUAGGCGAUCCUGCUACCCCGUCGUCCUCUCAACGUCCUGCGACCCCGGUUGCUUCUCCGUGCAAGGCGACUGACCCAAAGGACGCCGUCAUGGGCGUCGUAUAUUCCGCUUGGGAGACAUUGCGCGAGGCAGAGCCUCUGGAUCCGUCCGUGGACUACGAGUUUCUUAUCCGGGAGUUCCUAGCUGCAUUGCAUGAACUCCGCGCGUUCGUGGACUCGGUGUCGCAGACGCGGUAUACACGGUUUCGUCAAAAAGCUCAGGCUCAUCUCGACGCCUUUGUACAACCAUCGUGGCUCCCGUGGUGCGGAGAGUUAAUCUCACCGGAGCGGGCUGCUGCCGUCUCCUCUGGCAAGGAACCGAGCCCUCCCCCGGCGACGGAGGCCUCCGUGCACACGCCUUCCGAAACUGGGGAAGUCGCGGCUUCUGGCUCUCCAACCGCGUCUACCGGUUUCGACGACCCACUUCCCGUGGCCGCUUCAUCGUCUUCUGCUGUGGUAGCAUCGCCAGUUGCUGCGAUGGCUGCGCAAGGUAUCCCCAUCCCUAAGUUCGAGUUCCAGGCUCGCGCGGCGAACCCAGUGGCAAUUGACCCUCCCUCCGACUCCGACACUGCUGCUAUGGAGGUUGACGUCCCGCUGGCCACCGUGGUCGCUAAACCCCCCUCCGCGCAAGGUUCCGAGGCCAUUGAGGUCUCCAGCCAUGACGAGGGUGACAGUGAUAGCGACGAGGUCGAAUACGUAGGGGGCAAUAUUCCGAACUUGUCUCCGGCCCACCCGAAGAAGGGUAAAGGGCGCGGUCGCAAACUCGCUAAGUCUUCCGGCGUGACCGCCACCUUCGACGACCAAUACGUGCGCAUGCCGGUUCGAACCUUCCGCGAUCGCUCCCUCCCGCCAACGUACUUGCCGCUCUGGCAGAAGCCAUCCAUCGC